CACAGGUUAACUGACCAGUAUCAAGAAACAUCACAGCACUUAUGGGAACUUUUGGAGGGGAAGGACAAGCCUGUAGCAGGAACAACAUAUAAAGCACUGAAUGAGAUGUUGGAGCGAGUUUUGCAGAGCGGCUACUUUGACAGAGUGCAGUCUCAUCAGAAUGGAGUUUGCACCGAGGAAGAGGAGCAGACAGCUGCAGUGGAAGUGUCUGAAGCAGAGGAGCACCCUCCCGACACAGAGGGUGAAAUGACAGAGUGUGCAGAACCUGUUGCAAUUGAGGUGACACAGUUUUUAAAUAGGCAGUUUGUUUUGGAGAGCAUAUACAGUACAGGCGAUAAGGAACAAAGCGAGGAAUGGAGUGUGGAGACGGAGGUGGUUAACUCCAUGCAGCCGGUUCAGACCGCUCCCACCCCUGUCAUCCCAGAGCCCCAUCCUCUGACCACAACUCCAACACCCCCUUCAGAACCUGUGGUUAGGCAGCAGGUGGUUCAGGAUCUCAUGGCACAGAUGAAAGGACCAUACAACUUCAUGCAGGACUCAAUGCUUGAUUUUGAUGGACAGUCUCUUGAUCCGGCGAUUGUAUUGGCACAACCUAUGAAACCAGUGCCUAUAAUGGUAAUGCCGCCAAUGGUGUGUCAACCAGUUCACUCUGAGUCUCGUCUUGCCCAGCCUUCUGCUGUUGGCGUUCAGCCUGAACCCACACAAAUCCCCCUGGUCUCUCCAUCACCAGAAACCUUCUCCACACCGCCUCCGAUAUACCAGUCUCCUCACGCUGCUGAUCCCCGACCACAGACAGACUCCAUUGAUCCUAUUCAGGCCUCCAUGCCCCUGACAGAGCAGCCGCCUCCAUCUACAGUGCUCCCUCCUGCCUCCCAGACCCAGGUGAUCCAGCCCGGAUCCAAACCCUUGCACAGCAGUGGCAUCAAUGUCAAUGCAGCCCCAUUCCAGUCCAUGCAAACGGUGUUCCACCUUAAUGCGCCUGUCCCACCAGCUAAUGAUACGGACUCAAUGAAGCAGGCCAGCCAAUACCAGAAUAGCUACAGCCUGGGUUUUAAUAACCAGACGCAGCACCCCGUGGAGCAUACAGACAUGCCGCCAGAGCAGCUCCAAUCUGUAGUUGGUGCCUUCCAUUCUCUAGACCAGUCACUCCCUAACUCUACUGGUCCCCAGCCCAUGUCCCAGCAGUCAGGUGGCCAGGGCAACGGGUUCAGCCACCAGACUCAGUCCUUCUACAACAGCAGAGGGAUUUCUCGAGGAGGUCCUCGUAACUCACGUGGUAUGAUCAAUGGCUACAGAGGAACAGCCAGUAGUUUCAGAGGAGGAUAUGACGGUUAUCGCCCAGCCUUCUCCAACUCUGCAAACUCUGGAUACGGACAAACCCAAUUCAGUAUGCCGCGGGACUAUUCCAACAGCAGCUAUCAGCGGGAUGGUUACCAACCAAACUAUAAACGUGGUGCUGGCCAGGGGGCUCGAGGGGUCUCUCGAGGAAAUGCUCCAGCCAUGCGGUCUUAAGCCCUGUGAACUGAGCUUACAUCUGGAUCACAGUGAACAUUCAGAUACUGAAGUGCAUUUGUCCUGGCUGUUUUUUUCCCCCCUUCUCUUACCUUCCUGGAAUUGAUCGGACAACGUCUACCCUGAUAUGUUAAAAUGGAGAAAAUGAUUCGGAAAGCAAGCUGAAAACCCAGCGUCAAGAUUUUAAAACUACCCUGUUUCUAACAGAUACCUGUGAACUUGAAAGACUUAAUUUAUUUUUUAUUUUUUUGUAGGAAAUAAAACUCAUACCUGCCACAGCUGGUCCAAGAUUGGGAGUUCUCUUUUUGCCCCACUGUUCUGUUCACACUAAUUCAUUUUGGUUCUAAUAUGUUUCUUUUGGUACAUUAAGAUGCUCCCAGACUCUGUUUAUAAAGCGAUAUUGCUUCAGGAGUUUCAAUAAAGAUGGGUUGCAUUAAAUGCUG